AUGGCUGAUAGUAACGUCAGUUUUAGUACAAGAUGUUCCGCGACAGACGCAGCUCGUUGCUGCGAACAUGCAAGGGAUGGGGAAGGACAAGAAUGUCCCAGUCAGGAAGGAGAACGUCUGCCUGGCGAUGGCGCCAGCUGCACUGUUCCCGAAGAACAAGUACGUGUUAGUGAUGACGAUGGAUCCACGAAUAGCGCUCGUAACAGUAUUGAUCCCUUUCGCACAGAAAACGAUCCAGUCGCAACAGAAAGUAUGUUAAGAACAGGUCGAUACUACAAAGGAAUAUAUUGGCCUUCUAUAACUAAUAGUUUUAAGGAACAAACUGUAGAAUUAUCGUAUCAAAGGUACUCGAGGAGGCAGAGACAAAAAUCUCUUAUAAUGGUCAACGUUGUUGAUCUAGCAUUAAAGAUAUGCUUAUCAUUAAUUUAUACAUUAUCAAAUCGUCAUAACCUUGACACUGUUACAAACGGCUAUCAAAUAGCCUGGACCGCGGCGUUCGCCCUGCUGAAUAUAGCCGUGUGCUUACUGGGUUGUUGGCGGUGCUUCGCUAACAAUUAUCUACAUUGGGCUGCAGCGGCCACCUGGAUAUUGCUUAUAGCUCAAGGGUUAAGUGGACAAGGUAUAGGAUUCCAAGAACCACAGAACCAAGUGUGGUACAUGCUGUUCAUAAUAUUUGUGCCAUACGCGAUGCUACCCCUCUCUCUCGGCUGGUGCAUCGUCAUAGGUCUGCUGUCCUCUAUGUCGCAUGUCUUAACCACGGCUGUCACUAUACCGGAAAUUAUGCAAAAAACUCCCGAUGCCGCUCCCUCUUGCGGUAUACGACUUCUCUUCGGCAAUGCUUUGCUCUACACUGCUGUUAAUUUUGGCGGCAUGUACGCUAAAUAUCUAGCAGACUGGGGUCAGCGGAAGGCGUUUCUAGAAACGCAUAGAUCAAUGGUUACAAGACAGAAAACUAAACGAGAGAGUGACAGACAGUGGAAACUAUUUCAAAGUGUCAUACCAGACUUCCUAGCCAAAGAGAUUUCUAGUCACGUAUCGCGAGUAAGAGGAGAAUUCCAGGAGCAGCAAUUCAAUAAUUUGUACAUCCAGCGGCACGAGGACGUCUCGAUUCUGUUCGCUGAUAUCAAAGGAUUCACAGAGCUUUCUAGCAAAUGUAGCGCCCAGGAUUUGGUGAAGUUGUUAAACGAACUGUUUGCCAGAUUCGAUCGAUUAGCAUCGGAAAACCAUUGUCUUCGUAUUAAACUGUUGGGCGAUUGUUAUUUCUGCGUGAGUGGAUUACCUGAUCGACGCAGCGACCACGCCUUCUGCUGCGUCAACAUGGGCCUACAAAUGAUUCGCGUUAUCCGAGACGUUCGAUACAACAAACAGGUCGAUCUAGACAUGAGGAUUGGUAUCCAUAGUGGCAUAGUACUGUGCGGUGUACUGGGUCUGCUGAAGUGGCAGUUCGACCUCUGGUCGCAUGAUGUUACACUAGCCAACCACAUGGAAAGUGGAGGAUUACCAGGCCGAGUACACAUAUCUUCAGCCACGAUGGAGUGCCUUAACGGUGCGUUUGAAGUUGAACCCGGAGAGGGUGAAAUGCGUAAUCCCUACUUACGUGAACUGAACAUCUCAACUUACCUGAUUAAAGCCUCGGAACAUCCGAGACGGACAAGGAAUAAAUCUACAAACAACAUGCAACCACCGAUGCAACAAAAUGAAGUCUUACCCAGACGCCCGAGCGGAAGCAUUGAAGAGGAGAUCACCACCGAUUGGAUUCCUGAGAUGCCAUUCCAAAAUUAUUUUCAAAGCAGCUCAAGUGGUACGACAUGGUAUCGACGAACAAACAAACACGAAGAUGUGGAACAUGGACAAGAUAUAGAAAUAACAUCGAUAUCAGAGGAGGACGAUAUAAUAAACCACUCGAUCGAGGUGAACAGUAACCGGCGGAUGCGACUCGAACACAUGCGGCAAUGGUCGCUGCACUUCCGCCGCGCGUCGCUCGAUGUGCGCUUCGGCCAACUCGACGAGAAGACCUUCAAGUCAAACGUGAUGUGUUGUUGGGUGCUUUGGCUGUUCAUUGUCGCCGUUCAAUGCAUUAUUCAUUUCAAUUGCUGGUUGCUGGUUAUUACCUUGUUCGUAAUGACUAUUCUUCUGACUCUGUCGUUUCUGCUGGUGAUGGCAGAAGAGUUUCCUCUGGCAAUGCCACUUCUGGCGCAUUUCUCUGCCGCCAUAAGCGCAAAUAGACUUCGACGGAACAUACAUAUUUGCUGUUUUGUCACAAUUAUGUCGUUAUCCAGCACAACAAAAUUAUAUAUAUGCCCGCCAUCUUUUCCUACUGCCGGACCAGAAAAUGACACAUUGUUAAAUUCAACUACUGAAAAUUUUACGAAAACCGCGCAGUCAAUAUUAUCAGAGGAAGCUAAAAUAGGCGAAUGUUACAAACCGGAAUAUGUUGUUUUCACUUGGAUAAUAUGUUUGGUGGCUUUGACUUCAAUAUUGAAACUUUACUACUUGAUAAAGACCGUGCUAGCGAUCAUCAAUGUGGCGAUGUACUCGAUCCUUCUACUCAUUUAUUAUAACGUAGACUAUUAUAGUUCCGCUACCCAUGAUUCCGACCUUCGUUUCUACGUGCAAAUGUUGAUCUUGAUGACGAUGUUUUCCAUAAUAGUGAUUUAUCAUGCAAGACUCGUCGAAGUUACGUCUAGACUUGAUUUUCUAUGGAAACUGCAAGCCGAGACUGACUUGAAGGAAAUGAGGGAUACGCAAAGGACCAAUAGGCAUCUGCUGAAGCACAUUCUUCCUGAUCACGUGGUUAAUCAUUUCUUAAGCAAAGAUAGAUGCCCAGAUGAGUUGUACUCACAGCGAAGAGAUGAAGUGGGCGUAAUGUUUGCUGGAAUACCCAAUUUCCACGAAUUUUAUUCCGAACAAAAAGCCGUGGACUGCAUGAGACUGCUCAACGAAAUCAUUUUUGACUUCGAUAGACUGCUCAUGCAGCCUCGAUUCAAAAGUAUUGAGAAAAUAAAAACAAUUGGAGCUACAUAUAUGGCUGCCUCUGGUCUUAACCCAAACCAUAAAACCGCUGAUGACGGCUGUGAACACCUUUGCGCACUUGUCGAUUACGCUUUCGCUCUACGAGAGGCUCUGGAAGAUAUUAACAAGCAUAGCUUCAAUAAGUUUCGCUUAAGAGUAGGAAUCAGUUGUGGCCCAUUAGUUGGUGGUGUGAUCGGCGCUCGUAAGCCUGUUUAUGAUAUUUGGGGUAAUACUGUUAACGAAGCCUCGCGAAUGGAGUCCACUGGUGCUAUGGACCGCAUACAAGUCACUAAGUACACCAAGCAGGUAUUGGAGCGGCGUGGCUACGGCGUAGAGGCGCGCGGCGCGGUGGAGGUGAAAGGCAAAGGACGCAUGGAGACGUGGUGGGUGACGCGUGUAGGCGCACGCGGGGCCGGCGCGCCUACCGCCCCUGCGCCGCCGCGCUCUCUCGCCGCACUCGUCUACACCAUGCUACAGGCGCGCAAGCGCAUCUACACUCAUCCCUUCUGCGCAUCCUCUGAUGCGCCAGGAAGAGUGCGCCCCGAGCGCGCCGGCACCGCGCCCAGCGAGCGCCGCCCCGGCCCGCGACGCACUCGUCCGCGCAACACGCUCGCUUGCAAUGGGGACUCAGAGACCGGCAGCAGACCCUACUCGAAUAGUAUGGUUGCGCGGCGACCGGACAUGGCACCUCCGAUAGUCAGCAGCAUGUCCGCGCCACACACGCCCACCGCGUCACACAUAUCACCUGAAAGAUUAUUCUCGGGUCCCACUAAACUAGGAAUAAGCGCUAGACUAAAAGCUGCGAGUUUUUCCUACCGUACGCGACCAAACAGGGAUCGAUCGCCGAAGAUUCGAGAAGAAAAUGACGGUUCGAAAACUUCGAUCGCUAACGGAGCGCCCGGUUCGUUCAGGUUUAGGUCAGUUACCACGGCCUCGUUCUUUAGAAGUCGGAACAAGGAAAGAAAGAAGGAUCAAGAAGUCACUAAAGAGAACGGAGACACCGUGACUACUCGGAUGUAAUUAUCAAAAAAUACUAUUAAAAAGAAAUAGCUGUUAUAAUAAGUAGCAUUUGUAAUUAUUUUUAUAUGUUGUAUGUAAGUUGAGAAGUACUUAGACGCUGGCGUCGCAGUAGGGUAUAUUUUAAUGUGUCCAUGUUUAUUUAUUGAGUUUAUUUUAAGAGUAACUUUUUAUACUAGGUACAUAUACGGAUUUGUUACGAUUGCUUUAUUAAUUACAUGUUGUGAUUUUAAUAUAAUAGCGUUAGUUUAACUUUGUCAUGUGUUUAAUAACAAUUUGCAAAUUGUUUCUGUGUAUUUUAUUGCAACAUUAUACGCUUAAUCAAUGAGAUCUAUUUCAUAUUUAAAAAUAAUAUUUCAUGUAUCUGUAACUUACCGAUAAAUGCCACAAAGUCGGUUAACAAUUAUAACAAAUAAGUAUUAUGAUAUAUUU